AUGGACCAACCAGCACCUCCAUCAUCUUGGCUAGAGGUUGAUGUGGACUUGGGCUUUGCCCUCUUCUUUCUAUUCCUGCUCUGCCUCUUCUUGUUUGUCACAAUUGUCCGCUGCGCCCAAACGGUGAUCGAUCCUUAUGGAGCCAUCUCUACCUCCACCUAUCAGGAGGAGCAGAUCAAUAACUGA